AUGCCGCCCGCAGGCGUGGUCACCCUCCGGGAGCUGGCCGACCUGGCCAUCGGCACUCCGGAGGUGGGUGCCGUCAACUUCAAUGCUCUCCACACGCUCCUCGUGGCCCUGCUCAAGAACCUCAACAUGCAGGACACCCGGGUGGACUACCAGCCCCUGUCGGAGCGGAGGCUCUCAGCGAUCACGCGGCUCUCGCUCGGCACCCCGCGGGGCUCCAUCAGCACCCCGCAGAUCGCUGUGUCCAAGGAGAGGCGAAGGAGCAGCGUGACCAGGGUUCCGUCCGUGGUGCUGGAGAGCCAGAUAAAGGGCCUGGGCGGGCAGGUCCAGAACCUGGAAGGGCAGGUCCAGAACCUGGGCGGGCAGGUCCAGGACCUCGACCGGCAGUUAAGGACCAUGGACAGCCAGAUGCAGGGCGUGCUGUCUCACAUCCAGUACUUCACCACUCUGGUGGGUGGGGUGGACUCCGAGACCUCGGAGUGGUUAGAAGAGCAGGCGAAAGCCUUUAGCUUGGCCGAGGGGUUGGGUGCUGUGAGGACCCCGCUCAUCAUUGAGCCGGGCGCGCCCAUGACCGAGCAGGGCGCGCUCAUGGCCGAGAGGGGCGCGCCCAUGACCGAGCAGGGCGCGCUCAUGGCCGAGAGGGGCGCGUCCAUGGCCGAGAGGGGCGCGCCCAUGGCCGAGAGGGGCGCGUCCAUGGCCGAGAGGGGCGCGUCCAUGGCCGAGAGGGGCGCGCCCAUGGCCGAGAGAGGCGCGUCCAUGACCGAGCAGGGCGCGCUCAUGACCGAGCAAGGCGCGCCCAUCACUGAGAGAGGCGCGUCCAUGACCGAGCAGGGCGCGCUCAUGGCCGAGAGGGGCGCGUCCAUGACCGAGCAAGGCGCGCCCACCAUGGAGAAGGGCGCGCUCCCGAAGACCAAGCUUGUGCCGGGGAUGGGCAAGGCGGUGCCCGAGACAACAAAGCCUCCGCUGGGGGUGGCCGCGCCCACGCCUGGGUUGGUCGCGCCUGCGCCGGGGGUGGCCCCGCCCACUCCGGAGAUGGCCACGACCGUGCCUGGGAUGGCCAAGCAGAUGCCCGAGAAGCCACGAGGGUUAAUGAAAUUGUGGAAGGACGGUCCCCAGGUCAUGGAGCUGCUCCAGCAGGUCAUAGAAGACGUGAAAAUCUUGAAGGAAGACCAUGCAAGGGCGCAGGAGUUGCCAGAGUUCAACCCGAUGGUACUCUUCUCCCAGGAAUUCCUGCAGCGGGUUGAGGAAGUAGAGAAGACAGUCAAAAACUGGGAGGAACUCCUGGAACCCCUCUGUCGGAAGAUGACUAUGAUGACUCCCGGAAAAGAACUCACUAUGGUCACCUGGGAGGACCUGGAGCAGGCGAUUACUGAUGGCUGGAAGGCCUCACAGCCUCUGCUUCCCUCCUUCCUCCUCAACCAGGGCAUAGAGUCUACGCCAGCAGCUCUUAGGCACAAAGGGAAACCGCCUGCAGCACCGCGCGACGUGGUUCCGCGUGCACCCUCCACCGUGUAUCCAGGUGCGGACUGGGCUCCGGAUGCCGCUGGUGGUUUGGGCCCAGAGCAGACCUUGCCGGGACCCGGCGGAGCCAGACACCCCUCCGAAGGGGAACAGAAACUGCCCUCUGGGCUUCCUGAUAGGGGCCAUGAUGAAGCCGGGCUGGCCAAACCUCAUCCCCCCCCUGGGCCCCAGUUCAGAACUGAAGCCGACCAGCACAGGCCUAGGGAGUGGCCCAGCACAGCAGGUCCGAGAAGAGAUGAACGAGACGCCUACCCUGGCCCAGUCCCGCAGGACUUGCCCCCAGACCAGCAUCCUCUCACGCACCCUGAUGCUCGUGGCGGGAUGACCCCCAGCCCGGGCCAAGUCAUGGACGCCAGGCCAGACCAGCUAGGGCCAGGGCCACCUGGCCUGGAUCAGCUGGAGUUUCAACCUCCUAGCGCUGACCUAUAUGGCCUCCCCUUCAGGCCGGGCCUGAUGCCACCUGGAACGGAGGAACAGGGACCGGUACCACCUGGCAUGGGUCAGCAGGGUGUGAUGCCACCGUGGGUACCUGCCAGAGAUCAGCAAGGACUGGGACUCCCUGGUCCCGCACAGCCUGCUAUGGUUCCGCCUGGCGCACAGCAGUACGGGGUGAGAUUUCCUGGCCCGGACCAGCGUGCCAUGGAGCGGCCUGCGAUGGACGGGAGUGGUAUGGGACCCAUUGGCACAGAUGAGCAUGGAUUUCCGAUAUUUGGCAUGGAUCAACAAGGACUGGUUCCACCUUUUAGAGAUCAGCAAGGUUUUGUACAGCCCGGUUUGGAAACGCCUGGCUUCCUACAACCAGGCACACUGCAGCACGGUGUGCUCCCACCUGGUGCAGCUCAGCCUGGUUUGGUCCCACCUGGUGCAGGUCAGCCUGGUUUAGUCCCACCUGGUGCAGGUCAGCCUGGUUUAGUCCCACCUGGUGCAGGCCAGCCUGGUUUGGUCCCACCUGGAGUUGAUCAACGUGGUUUGGUACAGGCUGGUCAAUAUCCACCUGGUUUUGUACAGCCAGGUGCAUAUCCAUAUAGUUUGGCUCAACCUGGCGUCUAUCCACAUGGUUUGGUCCAGCCCGGUACAUAUCCACAUGGUUUCAUACAGCCUGGUGUGGCAGGUUAUCCUGGUUUGGUCCCACCUGAUGCAGGUCAACCUGGUUUGGUCCCACCUGAUGCAGGUCAACCUGGUUUAGUCCAACCGGGUACAAGUCAGCCUGAUUUAGUCCAACCUGGAACGGAUCAGCGUGGUUCAGUCCAACCUGGUGCAGGUCUGCCUGGUUUGGUCCCACCUGGAGUUGAUCAGCAGGAUUUGGUUCAGCCGGGUGCAUAUCCACCUGGUUUCGUGCAGCCUGCUAGCGAUCAUCAGGGUUUAGUGGCACCGGGAACAGAUCAGCUUGGUGCUGAUCACCAAGGCUUGGUACCAUCAGGCGCAGAGCCUCAUGGCUCUCCACGCCCAGAUCAGCAUGGCCUGGCACCUCCUGGUCAGGUGUCACCACGCCUAUCCAGGCAAGGUUGGAUGUCGCCUAGGAUGGACCAAGAGGGUUUGGUACCAACAGACCCUUAUCAGGGUGGCGCACGCCCAGAGCAGCAGCAUUGGGCAUCGCCUGACCAAGAUCAGCGUGACCGGCCAUCCUCUGUCCUAGACCCAAGCGGCCUCACGUACCCUGGCCUUUACAGCCCAAGGCACUCGGGUGUCGAACCACAAGUCCAAGCCCAUUUGGAUCCACGCCAGCGUAGCGGGUAUGCUCAGCCUCCCGCAAGUCCGAACGUCCCCUGGGUUCAGAGUACGGACUCCGUUAGCGAAUCCAGGCAGGUCUCACAAGAACCGAGUUCUAUGGAGUCUAAGAAACUCGAUUCCCUGGAGAAAGUGGCUUCUAGCUUCCCCAGCGCGGUGGAGACGUUCCGCCUGAUGGGAGAGCUCAUCGGCCUCUACACGGAGUUCAAGGAGAACCUGAAGACCCUGGAUGCGCAGAAAGCUGGCGAAACUGACUUGGAGAAGAUCCAGUACCUGCUUGCGAUGAUGGUCCAAAAGACCAUCCCACCGGACCUGCAGGAGCAGCUGAAGGCCAUCAAGAGCCUGACCAAAGAGCUUCGGCAGGAAAAAGCAAAACUGGACAAGAUACAGAGGUUCCUGGAGGGCGGAGGGCUGCCGGAAGUGGGGAAGGAGGUGGCAGCUGGCCCACUAAGCUUUCAGCUGGGUCUCCUCAGAGUCAGCGUGAACGACAUCGAGAAGGAGCUGUCCGACCUGAGGGAGAGCCAGGAGCAGGGCAAGGUCAACAUGGAGCACUCGGUCACUGAGGCCUCCCUCUACCUGCAGAACCAGCUGGACAAGCUCAGGACGAUCAUCGAGAACAUGCUGGCCUCGUCGUCCACGCUGCUGACCAUGAGCAUGACCCCGCGGAAGCCCCCAGUCACCUUGAUCCCUGGCCAGAUUGACCCCAAGGCCACCUGCCCGGCCUGCAGCCUGGACCUGAGCCACCAGGUCAGCACGCUGGUGCAGCGCUACGAGCAGCUCCAGCACAUGGUCACCAGCCUGGCGGCCUCGCGGCCAUCCAAGAAAGCCAAGCUCCAGAGACAGGACGAGGAGCUGCUGGGCCACGUGCAGACCGCCAUCCUGCAGGUGCAGGGCGACUGUGAGAAGCUCAACCUCAUCACCGGCAACCUCAUCGAGGACCACCGGCAGAAGCAGAAGGACAUCGACGUGCUGUACCAGGGUCUGGAGAAGCUGGAGAAGGAAAAGGUCAACAGGGGGCACCUGGAGAUGGAGAUUGAAGUGAAGGCCGACAAGAGCGCUCUGGAGGCCAAAGUGAGCCGCAUGCAGUUUGACGCCACCACGGAGCAGCUGAACCACAUGAUGCAGGAGCUGGUGGCCAAGAUGAGCGGGCAGGAGCGGGACUGGCAGAAGAUCCUGGACCGGCUCCUGACCGAGAUGGACAGCAAGCUGGACCGCCUGGAGCUGGACCCCGUGAAGCAGCUGCUGGAGGAUCGGUGGAAGUCCUUGCGGCAGCAGCUCAAGGAGCGCUCCCCGCUCUACCAGGCGGAUGAGGCGGCGGCAUCCCACAGGCAGCUCCUGGCACAUUUCCACUGCCUGUCCUGUGACCGUCCCCUGGAGACAGCCGUGACUGGACAGGUCCUCCCCACCACGCCCGUGGGGCCCAGCCUGCCCGGGCACCGCUCCAUCCGCCCCUACACCGUCUUUGAGCUGGAGCAGGUCCGGCAGCAGAGCCGCAACCUCAAGCUGGGCAACCUUGCCUUCCCGCGGGCUGAGCUGGCGUCGAUGGAGCGGAGCGUGGGGCGUCUACGCACCAUGCACUCCAAGAUGCUGAUGGACAUCGAGAAGGUGCAGUUCCACUACGGGGGCUCGGUCAAGGCCAGCAGCCAGAUGAUCCACGAGCUGCUGCAGGCCCAGUGCCUGGGCUCCCCCUGCUGCAAGCGGGUGUCGGAGAUGACGGACUACAGCUUCGCCACGGUGUCGCGGCACUGCGGGGGCAGCCACACCCUCACCUACCCCUACCGCCGCACCCGCCUGCAGCACCUGCCGCAGGGCCAGAGGGAAACCUCUGUGCGCCACGUGGUGACGCCCCGCUCACCUCCCCAGCACCACGAGGUGGACAUCUUGGGCCUGGAUGGACAUAUCUACAAGGGACGGAUGGACACGAGGCUGCCGGGCAUCCCGAACAAGGACAGCGCCGGGGACAACAAGCACAAGAUGAAGCCGUCCCGGUCCCACGCGCACCGGCCGCCGGCCCUCAACGAGAGCAGCCCGCUGCCCUUGCGGCCUCAGAGCGCCAACAUGAUGGUUGGCGGCACUUCAGCUACUUCUCGGCAACACACAGACCGACCAGUCUCCUCGCAGGGGCGCCUCUCCCAGCCGCAUGCGGGCCACCCGCCCAGCCCCAGCGGGAUGGCGAUGCACAUGGACAUGCCCCCCGGGGAGGGCAUGGAGGAGCCCACCCGGGGGCCCAGGACCCCCUCUGCCCACUGAGCAGAGCUAUAAAUAAAUGUUU